UUAGUAAUCUAGUCGUCUCAUUCAUCAUUUCACAAAUUGCAGAAUGAACUAAAGUUCGCAAGACUUUAAAAUGGUUCAUUUUCGGAGAGAAAAAUGAAGACGUACUCUAUAUAUGUUGGCAAACACUACGGCGAAAUUGAUGGCGAAAUCUACACCCUGAAACGACAACAUGAACACGUAAACAAAAGGUCACCAAUUCUGAGUCAUAAUGAGACCAGAAAUCAGUGUCUCUGUGCCAGAUAUGGCAACCAAACUGACCAAUGUUCUGUUCUAUUACCAACAAAACCAGAUUCUGUGCGACUGCCGUAUACAGUGUUGUGAUGGUGAAGUGUAUGCCCAUAAAAUCGUCCUGGCCAUGUGGGGUCUGUACAGUUUCUACAUAGAUUCCAUCAAUGCAAUUCAGGCUUUGGAAUUUUCUUCUGUGCAUGUCAACAAAUUUAUCAAAUUGAUUUAUUGUGGAAAAAUUUUAUUGACAUUGGAAGAGGCCUUAGACAUGUCUAGCUUUGGAAAUCAUAUUGGAAUAAAACUUAAAGGUUGCGUUUCAAGUGACAGUUGCAGUACAGCAAAUACAUCCAUUGAAGAUUCAUUAGAAUCAGUUAUUGCAGAUUUCAUGUCAUCUAAAAAUCCUAUGGUGAAAAGUAAUAGUCUGCACAUCAGAUUUGAGCCUAGCUAUAAUUGGAAUAUUUUAACCUUGGCAAAGUUGAGAUGUGAGGAACCUUGUGUAGAGGCAGUCAUUUUUUCUAGCAGUGAUUCAAUAGCAGGGGCACAGAACUUUCCAGAUAGUGCUGUUACCAUGGUAACUGAUGUCAAGAUAAAAGACGAGGAGGAGGAUCUCGAUGUUUGUGAUGUAAAUUACUCUGUGGAGCGAAAUGAAGGUUCUUCAGGUGAAAGCCUUAUUGCCUCUAGCAAUGAUGGCACACAACAUGACAAAAAACAUGAAAGAGAUCAAAUGUUAAUGAAUUUUAAUGCAGAAAUGCUGGAGAGUUCUAAAGGAGUGGACUUUAAUGAGGAAAAUGUAAAUUCAAGUUAUGACUGCAAAGAAAGUACUUGUCACGGAGAUGAGCUGAAAACAUUUUCCAACAGUAAAGGUCACAGUGAUUCUGCCAACAGUAAACGUCACAGUGAUUCUGCCAACAGUAAAAGUCAGAGUGAUUCUGCCAAAGUAAUUUGUGGAAAAGUCAAAACGAAGGAGUCUCGGAGUAAUUUCAGGAAAUGUAAACAUUGCCUAAAAAUGAAAGUAGAAAAUCCGUUUGUGUAUCGUUAUGAUACAACAGAGGGAAAAGACCAGAUCAAACUGCACAGUCUGCAGUCACAUGAUCUGGCCAUAGUGAGAAAUGUAUCAUGUGACAUCUGUGGGAUUGUUUACAAACGGUGUUACUCGGAGACAUACGUGGAUCACAAAUUCCGUAAACACGGAUGUGCGGAGUACGAUCCUGUUAUCUUUACAAAGAAAGUGUGUGAUUCUGAGAAUUGCAAAUUUUGGGCACUCUGUAGGAUUAAACUGAAAGUACACAAAGCAAAAGUCCACGCCACAGAGUCCGUCGUUUGUAAUAUUUGCGGAGCAGUAAUGAAACAUGUAGACACACUCAGGUCUCACUUACAAAUGAAGCAUCGCUCCCAGCACAUACAUCAGUGUGAGUUCUGUGGGAAGACCCUCUCUACUGCCAACUCUCUGAAGAACCAUAUUGAAUUAGUGCAUGAGAAAAAGGCACGUAAACCAGGGGGUUUCUGCAGCUACUGUACUCAAAGCUUCAAGACCAGGUACAUGUAUCUAGUUCACAUGCACCGAGAACACAAAGAGAUUCCUCCAGGCACCAAAGUACAUCGCUGUCAUGAAUGUGAUUAUUUGGCGUUUGAUAAGAAGUUAUUGAAAGGGCAUGAGCUGAGGCAUAAGGCAUUAAAAGGGCAUGUAAUUGAAAAGGACAAACAGUGUGAUAUAUGUGAGAAAAGAUUUGUGACGAGACGAAAUCUCACCGACCAUGUGAGGCGUACCCAUGGCAUAAAGAUACAUUGUCCGUAUGAAGGCUGCAGCAAAACCUUCCCAGGAAAUACUAACCUUAAAAUCCAUAUUACCUGUUUCCAUGAGAGAGAAAAGAAGUUUGGUUGUCACGCUUGUCCUUAUAAAUGUACCAGUCAUGGGAAUUUAGUCAAGCAUAUCCGAGGAGUUCACAAAGAAGAGGUCUCCACGCUGCACACCCGACGGAUACAGGCCAUGUUGUCAGGUAGAGGAUACCUGGAAGCCACUAACACGAGGCUCACUACUGGUGACGGACACAGAGGGGAGGGCGGGGCUCCCACUACUGGUGAUGGACACAGAGGGGAGGGCGGGGCUCCCACUACUGGUGAUGGACACAGAGGGGAGGGCGGGGCUCCCACUACUGGUGAUGGACACAGAGGGGAGGGCGGGACUCCCACUACUGGUGACGGACAUGGGGGAGGGCGGAGCUCCCACUACUGGUGA